CUAGGUUGUUCUGUCCUGGUGCUCACUAUCAUUGCGUCCACUCUUGGUGGCCUAGUGUUCGGCUAUGAGCUCGGAGUAAUAUCUGGUGCGCUGCUGCAGCUUCAAGCUCAUUUCUAUCUGGGUUGUGUCCAGCAGGAAGCCGUGGUUAGCGCUCUUCUGAUCGGAUCAUUGUCAGCAUCAGUGAUCGGUGGCUGGCUGAUUGAUCGUCAUGGCAGGAGGACAUCCAUUUUGCUGAGUAAUCUUCUCAUUUUAGGAGGCACCAUCAUCUUAACUACAAGCGUAUGUUUUUUGGCAUUGGUGGUUGGGAGAGCCAUCAUUGGUUUUGCAAUGAGCAUUUCUUCCAUGAGCUGCUGCAUCUUCGUCUCUGAGAUGGUUGCUCCCGAACGCAGAGGGUUGAUGGUUUCCCUGUACGAAGUUGGAAUUACAGUUGGGAUCUUGUUGGCUUAUGCGGCCAACUAUGUUUUCUCCGGUGUCCAAGCAGGAUGGAGGUACAUGUUUGGACUUGCUAUUAUACCAUCUCUUAUGCAGUUGGUGUCCAUUGGGUUUUUACCUCCGACAACUGGUACCUCUGAAGGCCUCUUAACAGAGGACGAUAGCCAGCAAUCUGAUAGAUUAGCAGGGGACGUGUCAAAUCUGCACCCGACAGAACAAGUUAAAUAUAGUGUCUUUGACCUUUUCAAAGCCAAAGACAACAUGUGCAGAAGAACCGGCAUUGGUCUUGGGCUGGUGCUCAGUCAGCAAUUCACAGGUCAGCCAAAUGUCCUCUUUUACGCUUCCACCAUCCUUUUCUCUGUGGGAUUUCAGAGCAACGCGUCUGCAGUACUUGCAUCGGUGGGUCUGGGUGUAGUCAAAGUCAUUGCUACUCUGUUGGCAAUGAUAUGUUCAGACAAGGUUGGUCGAAGAUCACUUCUGAUUGGUGGAUGCACAGUGCUGGCUAUAGGAUUGAUACUUACUGGUUUCUUGUGCAGAGAGUCAGUGAUUGAUACAACAAAACAAUGCACAGAUUCAUUAGAACCACAUUCAAAUUUGACCUCACCGGCUGAAAACCAAGAAAACAUGGGCAAAAACUUGGUCAGUCAAAGUACUCCAUCUACUGGACAUCAAACACAUGAUGCUUAUGAAGAUUCAAAUAUUUCUUCACACUCAGAGGACAUGUAUAAGUGGAUUAUUUUUAUCUGCAUGAUGACAGUUGUGAGUGCCUUCUCUGUCAGCUUUGGACCAAUGACAUGGCUUGUGCUAAGUGAGAUAUUUCCAAAGGAAGUCAGGGGAAGAGCCUAUUCAUUCAUCAACUGCUUCAAUGUGGGGGCCAACCUCAUAGUUACCUUUUCUUUCUUGAGUAUAACAGAUGUGAUAGGGCUGUCUGGAAUAUUCUUUGUGUAUGGAGUUAUCGGAAUGGCAGCGGUUGUGUUCAUCUACCUUGUACUGCCAGAAACCAAAGGAAAAUCUCUUCAUAAAAUUGACAGAGAACUCUCUCAGACACGAUUUUUUCACAGAGAGGAAUUCUGCAAUAUUUUCCAAAGAAGACAUUUCUCUUCAGGUUAUCAGAGAGUUCACUUGACAAGCACAACAUGA